CAAGUACAUUCGUCUCUCACUGCCAUCUGCCGGCUAUCUUCUCUGCCCUAAUAUAAGACUGUUUAGGGUGCUUGAAAUCUGAUCUUGCGAUCUUGACUCUCAACAAAGUUUUAAUCAUGGUUCUUCUACAGCCAGACCCGUUUCUUAAUGAACUUACGAGCAUGUUUGAGCGAAGUACUGAGACCGGCUCUGUUUGGGUUACUCUUAAACGAUCAUCUUUGAAGUCGAAAGUUCAAAGGAACAAACUAAAGACUGCUCAGCAACCCAUUGAAUAUCGAUGCCUUGUUCGUGCAACUAAUGCAAAAAAGACAAUUUCUACUUCGGUGGGAGCGAAGGAUCACCAGCGCUUCCAAGCAUCAUAUGCCACAAUUCUGAAGGCCCAUAUGACUGCAUUGAAGAAGAGGGAGAGAAAGGACAGGAAAAAGGCAGCGGAGGAUAAGAAAGAAAGUGGUUCAAAGAAGCCGAAAAGGGCUUGAAGGACGUUUACCAGCGGUUGUUCGAGCUUUCAUCCUCUCGUCGAAAAUGGUUAGGUUAUUUACUUGUUCUUGAAACCCUCAAAACAUUCUUUUGGUUUAAGCUAAUUGCAAUGAUUAAAGACUUGGAAUUUUGGUUGAAUUCCCCUUGGGUAUGAUUUCAGUAGAUUUUUUCUCCUUUUUCAA